GCACUUGCUAGGCUUUGGUUGCACACAGGAAGACACUGUGGUUAAUUGGCACUUUAGACACGGGCACAGUUCAGGCACAGUUUUGAGUUGCACAGUUGUUUGUUUGGUUAGACAGGUAGGCACUUUGGAAGGACACUUAAGUUAGGCACUUGGGCACUGUCUAGGCACAGUUCUAGUUACUCACUUAUGCCUCUUUUCCACUGACAGUUUUGUGGUAGGCCUACAGCUCGACAGCGCUACUCGGCCGCCACUGUUUGCUUUUUGAAUAGGCACGACACAGCUCAACCUUAAAGUAAAAACCGGCGGCCAAGUCGCGCUGUGUCGAGCUGUAGGCCUACCAGAAACCCGGCAGUGGAAAAGAGGCAUUAGUUCACAGUUAGUCACUGAUUCAUUUAUUUGUAGUUUUUACAGUCAAGUUGCUCCUUGAGGAUGGCUGAAGUUUAGGGUGUGGGUACAUCAGUCUCACACAGACAGCAGCCGUUUCAGCAUGGGGCCACACGUCCGGGACUGAGGCGAGCGAGUGAGAAGGAAGAGAGUGAGAGUGAGAGAGAGAGAGAGAGAGAGAAAGAGAGGACGAGUUGUGUGAAUGGACGAGUGAGAAAGCAGCUUUUUAGUUUAAUAAUUUGAUUGAAAGAAGUUAUGUAGGCUAUCUGCAGCCAUGGACCUACGCUCAGAACUCCUCAAGUCUAUCUGGUAUGCCUUCACCGCUCUGGACAUUGAGAAGAGUGGGAAAGUGUCAAAGUCCCAACUGAAGGUCCUGUCUCAUAACCUUUGCACGGUGCUGAGUAUCCCCCAUGACCCCGUGGCUCUGGAUGAGCACUUCAGAGACGACGAUGACGGCCCAGUGUCUAACCAGGGCUACAUGCCCUACCUCAACAAAUACAUCCUCGACAAGGUGGUUCCAGGUAGCUUCAUCAAGGAGGACGUGGACAACUUGUGUUGGACCCUGACGGCCAAGAAGAACUACCAGCAGGGGGUGAAGAUCCUGGCCAGGGAGGACUCCUUUCGGCUCUGGUGCCUCUUCAACUUCCUAUCGGAGGACAAAUACCCCCUUGUCAUGGUACCAGACGAGGUGGAGUACCUGCUGAAGAAGAUCUGCAUGGCCAUGAGCAUGGAGCUGAACUGCGUGGAGUUGGAGGACUACCUAUCCCAGGAGUCCGUGCUCCAGAAUGGCUUCACCGUCUGGGCCUUCCUGAACAUGAUGAACUCUGGGAAGCUCACGCGGGGCAUCAGCAAGGAGACCAUCACCAUGGGGGUGGAGGAGGUCUACAGAGAGAUCGUUGGCGACGUUCUGAAAGAGGGCUAUUUGUGGAAGAAGAGCCAGCUGAGGAGGAACUGGAAGGAGCGUUGGUUUACCCUGAAGCCCACCAGCCUCUCCUACUACACCAAUGAGGACCGCAAGGACUGCAAAGGCAGCAUCAACCUCGACAAGAACUGCUGUGUGGAGGUCCUGCCAGACCGGGAUGGAAAGAGAUGUAUGUUCUGUCUGAAAACAAUCACAAAGACCUACGAGAUGAGCGCCUCAGACACCAGGCAGAGACAGGAGUGGACCUCAGCCAUCCAGACAGCUAUCCGUCUCCAGGCCGAGGGCAAGUCCUCGCUCCACAAGGAGCUGAAGCAGAAGCGUCGUGACCAGCGGGAGCAGAAGGAGUCGCGGCGGCGCGCCAAGGAGCAGGAGAUGCAGCGGCUGCAGGCCCUGCAGGAGGAGAAGCAGCGCAAGCUGGCGGAGCUGGAGCUCCUGAAGGAGGCGCAGAAGCAGGCCCAGGCCCUCCUGCAGCAGGACGAGCAGAGGAGGAGGACGCAGUACGAACAGCUGCAGCAGGCGCUGGAGGUGCAGCUCAAGGAGGCGGAGGAGGCGCGUGCCAACAUGGAGGCUGAGAUGGUGUUGAAGGAGGCGGAGGCUGAGAAGCAGCGCAGGCGGAUCCUGGAGCUGGAGGACAUGCAGCAGGGCCUGGAGGAGGCGCUACAGCAGGAGAUCAAGGCACGGCAGGACGAGGAGGCCUUCAGAUACGCACAGGCCAGGCUGCUGGCGGAGGAGGAGGAGAAGAUGAAGGCGCUGAUGUCUCUGCAGGAGGAGCAGGAGGAGUACAUCCUGAAGACCCAGCGGGAGAAGCAGGAGCUGCGGCAGGAGAUGGAGAGCAAGUCGCGCUCCCUCAACGAAGCCCAGAGGCAGCUGGAGGAGGUGCGGGCCAACAGGCACCGCGUAGACCAGGAUGUGGUGGCUGCACAGAAGAAGCUAAGGCAAGCGAGCACCAAUGUGAAACAGUGGAAUGUUCAAAUGAACAGAUUAAUGCACCCGAUCGGACCUGGGGAGAAACGUCCAUCAGGCGGAGGCUCCUUCUCCAGUUUCAAGAUCCCGUCUCAGAAGGACCCGGGCCUGAAGCUGCGCGUGAAGUCGGAGCAGCAGCAACAGCAGGAGGACGAGGAGAGCAAGGAGAACGUCCACCGCAGCAGUCCAACCCUGGAGGAGGACCGGCGCCUCUCGCAGUCUCUCAAUGGCAACAUGGACAUGGACAUACCCUGAUGAUGAUGCCAUUACAGUUCUUACCGUACACCGUAGUAUGUGUACAAGUAUAACAACCUACUGUGAAGAAGUACAGCAAUUACCCAAUGUACCACUUCUAACCCUAAACCUCACUGUCUAAUAUACGUACAGUAUGAACAUGGACAUAUCCUCUGCAUAGGAUUUGAGUACCACAAGUGCCUUGCAAAAUCUCCAAACAGCAGUGUGAAUCGUGUGGACGUAUGCACGUUGCCAAAGACAAUAGAUGUUGCAAAGAUCUGACCACAUCCACUUCCUGGAACCACCAUCACAAGGAAGAGUCAUAAUUCCCUCUUUAUGCAAUCUUCAUGAAGGAGGAUCCAUUUAUCUCUCUUGUGGAAGGACUAACUACGGAGCCACAAGAUGUAGAAGCAACAUGCCUACUGUACUUAAACAACACACACCGUUUAACUGUGAUCCCCAUCCAGAUAUGGGCUUGAAAUCUUCAAUACAGGGCAUUUUGCAGUCUGCCGACAGUCCUCAGGGGUGGAUGCUUUUGUUUUUUUCUUUUUUUUCUUUUUUUCUUAGAGACUGGCAGGGCCAGAUUAAGAUGAGCCAGGGCACCUAAACUACAGUUUUCUGUGGGGCCCCCCCAGAAGGAAAUAUUCGCAACAAAUUUACAUAGUUUCAAAAUUAAGGAUAACAUGUCUACCACACAGCAUAUGCAUUUUUCAAUAUUGCAUCUUGUCACAAUUCUGCAAUUUUUCACUUGUGGCCAAUCAGGGGCCCCUGACAGGUAGGGGCCUCUUGGCUGCAGCCAUAUCUGGCCGGAGUGUUAAUCUGUCCCUGGAGCCUGACCCAAAGUUUGUAGGGGUGCAGAUAAAAAUGCCCAGACCUUCGGUCCCAGUGCUGCCCUGUGAACUACCAUGAUGUAUUUUGAUCAGACUGUCAAAUCUUUUCUUGUGCUAGGCUACAACAAAUUGAACAAGUGUGAAGAACAAUGGUGACCUAAUGUGCAGCUUUUAAAAACCUUCUCCUCGGACCCAGCUGGCCUUUUAAAAAGAUUAAAAAUAUGCAAUGUCCAGCACAGUUUUUCACUGCUUGGACAGAAACGCUGUGUGUGACCUUUGGAGUGAUAAAAACAUGGUGUGUAAGACAUGUUGUGAGAUAUGUACAGUUCAACUUUUUCAUUGUGAUUGCUGUUUGCUGAUCAUACUACUGUACUAAUUUUUACCUUUUUAUAUUAAAUAAAUAUCACAGCUGAUAUUUACUUAAAA